UUUAUGUCUAGUGGUAGUGGGUUAUAUAGAAAGCACCCUCAAGACACCAAAGUUAGACAAAUAAAUGCUGGUAUGCGUUACCAAAUUACAGACCAGUAUUUCACAAAAGAUCAACAUUUGCAUCGCCGUAAAUUGUACGGCUGGAAACUGACUCAGCAUCUACGCACGAAUAUUUCAUGGUAGCUUGAUCUGUAGUACGGAUUUAGUCAUAUUCUCCAAGCGAGGUGCGCUAGUUAACCAGCGCCGAUGGGAGAGGAAGAAGGUGACGCUGAAUUAUCGAACGCUUACUUAGUUAUCGGCUGGGGAGGCUUAAAUCGAGACAACAACAUCAAGCCCUAGCUAGCGAGGGGCGAAGAUAUUACAUCUCAUAAAUACGUGAACAUGUUGAUGCAUCCACUUUGAACAUAGAGGCAGAUCCAACUAAACCAAACAGGACUACUGCAGUACCUCAUCAUUGUUGACACUGCCUCCACCAUUGCCUCUUCUGCCGUGGCACUGGAACAUGAAGAAUGUCUGCUGUAUUACCAAAGACUGACCAGAAGGAAGCAAUGAGGGGCUUUGGGGGAAGUUGCCAAGCUGCAUUGUGGAUCCAGUAGCUGGGAUUCAGAGUGCUUGUUGUGUAUGAGUGUGUGUUUGUGUGUGCGUGGGUGCUUGCUAGCACAACCUGCCCCUUUCAGGCAGGGACAUGCUACUCUGAUAUUGGAGUUGGAGAAGAAAGGAGUCAACCUCCAUAAACGAGGAGCAGAAGAAAGAGAAGAGCGCAUGCAGUACAACAUUGCCAGAUAUAAAAACUGUGUGUUUUGGCUGCAGUUUAACCCAGUGGAAGUGGCUUUUAAUACACUGCACAUUUCUAUACAACACCUUUCCUCUGUCUUUGUAUCGCCUCCCUCCCCCCUAAGAGUCCUUGUUGUUUUGGCGCCUCUGUGAUUUGCAUGGCCGGGGAGUAAUCGUGGAGAGGCCAGGGUAUCACAAGCUUAUGGAUUUUGACAAGAAGGUGGGUAAGGGAGAGACGGAGGAAGGGAAAAAUAUGUCUAAGGCAGCUGGCAGCAGGACUGUCCGGGGUACAGGGACCAACUCUGGGGUUCUUAUGGUUGGCCCAAACUUCCGCGUCGGGAAAAAAAUCGGCUGUGGCAAUUUUGGAGAGCUGCGGCUGGGGAAAAACCUCUACACCAACGAAUAUGUGGCCAUCAAAUUGGAACCAAUAAAGUCCCGUGCGCCACAGCUUCAUUUGGAAUAUAGAUUUUAUAAACAGUUGGGAAGUUCAGAGGGUAUUCCUCAGGUGUACUACUUUGGGCCAUGUGGGAAGUACAAUGCCAUGGUGCUGGAGCUGCUGGGGCCCAGCCUGGAAGACCUGUUUGAUCUCUGUGACCGCACCUUCUCCCUCAAGACCGUCCUCAUGAUAGCCAUACAGCUGAUAACGCGGAUGGAAUUUGUCCACACAAAAAGCUUGAUAUACAGAGACGUCAAGCCAGAGAACUUUUUGGUGGGGCGGCCGGGCAGCAAGAGGCAGCACACAAUCCACAUUAUCGACUUCGGGCUGGCCAAAGAAUACAUCGACCCUGAGACCAAAAAACACAUCCCGUACCGGGAGCACAAGAGCCUUACGGGAACGGCACGCUACAUGAGCAUCAACACACACCUGGGGAAAGAGCAAAGCAGGCGGGAUGACCUGGAGGCUCUGGGUCACAUGUUCAUGUACUUCCUGCGAGGCAGUCUUCCCUGGCAAGGCCUGAAGGCGGACACGUUGAAGGAGAGGUAUCAGAAGAUUGGAGAUACCAAGCGAGCUACCCCAAUUGAAGUGCUUUGUGAAAGCUUCCCUGAAGAGAUGGCCACAUAUCUGCGUUACGUGAGGAGGCUGGACUUCUUUGAGAAACCUGAUUAUGACUACUUACGGAAACUCUUCACGGAAUUGUUUGACAGGAACGGCUACGUCUUUGAUUAUGAAUACGACUGGGUCGGCAAGCCACUUCCUACACCGGUAGGCCCCAUCCCCAGUGACACGCCCGCUCAGCCCAGCAGAGACAAAGCACAGCAGCAGACCAAAAACCAGUUGCCUGAGGCCAAAGGAGAUGAGGCUCAGCGUCAGCUGUCUCCAAUGACCAAUACGGAGACACUGGGGUCACAUCUUGUGGCCGAAAGGCUGGGGGGCUCUGUCCAGGUGAUGAGCUCGACGAAUGGAGAGCUGAACACUGACGACCCGACGGCGGGACACUCCAAUGCUCCCAUCACUGCUCCCACUGAGGUGGAGGUGGCUGAUGAUACAAAGUGCUGCUGUUUCUUCAAAAUGAGAAAGAGGAAAACUCUCCAGCGGCACAAGUGAAGAGAAGACCUCGGCGGGAACUUGAAACAUUCUGCUCACUUUCAAGUUUUAAAUGGAAGCAACCACACCGAUCACCCAUCCUAUCUCCCUUUCCCAAUCUCUCUCUCUCCCUCGCUCUCUCUCUUUCUCCCUCUCUCUCUCUCUCUCUCUCUCUCUCCCUCUCUCUCCCUCUCGCUCUUCUCCAUCUUUCUCAGCGCUCUUCUGCUACAGGCGUGUAAAGCAAUGCUGUUGUCCUACAGACUUUGUGGGCUUCACAACAGACACUGGCUUCCAAAAGAAAAAAACCGUUAAAGUACCUGCAUAAUAAAGAGAGAACGUUUAAAAGCUGUAACAAAGAAACGCGAAUAUCGUGGCGUGAAUAGAAAGAAUGGAUACUGUUUGAAACAGUUGUUGUAUUCUAGAUUCCAUACAUAGCAUUUACUGUUCAACAGCCACUGAUCUGAGGGAAAUGUCAAUGAGUCGAGGGAAAGAAGUCUGUUCCAUAGAAAUAGUCCUUUAUUUGUGGGAUCAAGGUAAGAAGCAAGACUGAACUAUACUAAUGAUAACUCUGGAAUCACUGAGCGCAACAGGAAACACUUCAUCUAAAUCAGAAUUGGAGGAUGUUUAUGCUGUUGAGUUUUUUUAUUUAAUCCUCCGUUGUUUUCAAAGUCAACUCCCUGGGUUGAAAACAAAUGUUUGUUUUAGUGUACUGGAAUUCAUUUUGUAUUCUUUUUUCUUCUCUGGCUUUCAUGUCUGUCAAUGUGGACUUUGUAGCACAGUCACUGGCCUCAGGUACUGUGGAAGAUGGAGAGAACUGAUAUUAAGCUCUCUUCUUCUUGUUGCACUUUUGGAAACAAAAAGAAAGUACAAUGGAAUUCUAGGUUUGAAAUGAACAAACAGGAAAACAACUGAAGACUUAUCUAGGAAGAGUCCUAUACAAGGCUAACACUGACUGUACAAACCAUUAAGAACACCUCCCCAAUAUUGAGUUGUGCCUCCCCCCCUCCUUUUGCCAUCAGAACAGCCACAAUUCAUCGGGGCAUGGACUCUACAAGGUGUUGAAAGCGUUGCACAGGGAUACUGGCCCAUGUUGACUCCAAUGCUUCCCACAGUUGUGUCAACUUGGCUGGAUGUCCUUUGGGUGGCGGACCAUUCUUGAUACAUACGGGAAACUGUUGAGCGUGAAAAACCCAGCAGUGUUGCUGUUUUUGCCACCAACUGGUGCGCCUGCCACCUACAAUACCCUGUUCAAAGGCAUUUCAAUAUUUUGUCUUACCUAUUCACCCUGGCACACACACACACAAUCCAUGUCUCAAUUUUCUCAAGGCUUAAAAAUCCUUCUUUAACCUGUCUCCUCCCUUUCAUUUGAAGUGGAUUUAACAAGUGACAUUAAUAAGGGAUAAUAGCAUUCACCUGGUAAGUUUGUCAUGGAAAGAGCAGGUGUACAUAAUGUUUUGUACACUCAGUGCAUAUCUGAGUAAGGGCUGAAAUGUCAAUUUACAUGAAACAAGAUAUCUUUCAGUUUUAUUUCUACAUCAGAAUAAUUUACCAGGAAAUCAUAGUUUGUGCCUUUCCAAGUAAAAUGUUUAAAGCUCAAGUAAGUGUCCUGCAAUGACAUUUUAUCUGAACUGUUCCACAUGUUGCUCAUUAACUGUGUGUGCGGGCGUGCGUGUAUCUCUCUGAAAGCAUCGUCUUUCAGACAUGUCCUACUGUCUCACAACCACCGUGUCCAUCUCCUCUGCUAGGACAAUCAAAAGAUCUUUACAGUUUAAUUCUCUAGGUGCACUCGACAACAAAAAAAUAGGAAAUAUUUGAAAGCUUGUGCGUUGUGAGCUAAGCAAUUCUAGUCAUUGGUGGUGGCUGAUCAAAGUUAGGGCCAGCAUGCAAAUACAUCAAGUUUAUGUUUAAAGAUGAAAAUGAAGCGAUUUUCCCAUCAAUUGACUGAAGUUGCCACAAGACUUGAAUUGGAUACAAAACUGUUUUUCUUUUGAAGUUCCUCGCUGCAGUAGUUUUGAAUCUGCUUGAACGUUGUAAUGGUCUAUGAUUUUCAUGGCUUAACAUGAGAUGUGUGUUCGACCACAGCAACAUGCUCCGUCGUCUCAAGUCAUAUAUAUAUAUAUAUAUAUAUCUAUAUAUAUAUACACACACACAAUAGGUACAGCGGUCCCAAAUAGUUUAUUUUAUUUUAAAUUAAAGAUGGCUGCAGUGUGUGGUCUCAAACAUUAGUUCACAAGCGAAGCCCCCAAACCCCCUUGAUUGUAAUACUGUAAAUAUCCCCUUCUACGAAAGACAUCGCUAUGCCCUUUAAAAUAGCAUUCCAUAUGCUUGUGUCAUCAUUGUGCUUAUGAGUCAAUGCCAUGUGACCCAGAAUGUAUUGUUGUCAUGAGGUCAGUCAUACAUGUUCUGUUUUUUUCUGUUUUUUUUCCUGUAGAUGUUAACAUGAGGGCAUUGGGGUAGUAGGGUUGCUAAAAAAAUGGAAAUAUCAAUAGCAGCUAUGUACAUUUUUAUAAACGUCUCAAACUAAGAAGAGCAGGGGAAACAUAUUGGGCUAAAAAUGUGAUGGAGUUAAAUGAAGGAAAUAAGUAGUCUCUUGUAAAUAGCAAUACAGAUGAGUUUUACAUUGGGGGUUUAACAUGUAGUGGAACUGUUUCCAGUUUGGUUGUUUUCCCAUAACUUUAAAAUCAGAAAUCUAUAUAAUUCCCACUAUUUGCUGUCUGCCACCAUGCUGGUAGAACUCUUUUCCAAUUCCUUUCCUCCCAGUUGAACCCCUGGCUAUACUGUGAGUGCUCUGGUGAUACAAUAUUCAAGUGAUACAGUAUUCAAUGCAACAGAAUGGAUAUGAAUUUCACCAAUACAAAAAGCUUUAUACUUAU